UGUCAAAUUGACAUAACAAUGACAGUGACAUAGUGAUCAAUGAAGUCUGGAGUUUAAUUUAGGGCCGUGUGUUUGUUCAAUAAAUAUUUUUUGAAUAAAAUAUAAGACAAAGGAUAUUUAAAAUCGAAAAUGGGUUCGCUAGCACAGAAAUUGUUGACCUCGCUCAAGAGCAAAGAAUUCAGAGAAUAUUUAAUGAGCACACAUUUUUGGGGUCCAGUUGCCAAUUGGGGUAUACCACUUGCAGCAAUCGCAGAUACUCGUAAAGACCCUAGUUUUAUUAGUGGCAAAAUGACACUUGCUCUCUCGCUAUACUCGCUAAUGUUCAUGAGAUUCGCGUGGCGCGUCCAGCCACGCAACCUUCUCCUCUUCGCGUGCCACUUCACCAACGAAUGCGCCCAGUUGACGCAAGGCGCCCGCUUCGUCAACCACAACUAUCUCGGAGGCAAGGAGAGGGAAACCAAGGACAAGGCUUGAGGGUACAGGUUGUACAUAGGCAGAUGUUUUUAGGACACGGUGGUGAUUUUACUUGUUAGUGCUGAAUAAUUUUAAUUAAUAUGCAUGCGUUCUAAUAGAACUUAUAUAGUAUGAUCAAUCGUCAGUGACCAAAAGACAGAGGAAAUUAUAGUCACCGUUAUAUCUUCCUUUUCGCUCAUGCAAGAAAGGGAAACACAUGAUGAAGCAGGACAGAGUGCCCAUGUAUUAUGUCCCUCAUGCAAGGUUUUACAAUGGUAUGAAAUGGGAAGUUAUAUGGUAGUUUCUAUCUCAUUUUGGCUGCGUUUCCUUAUCAUUUGUUUUUUGUGUCCGUUGUCUUUAUUUUUCUUUGUCUUAAUGGCUAUAAUUAAUAAAACGUAGACAAUUUCAAGACAUGUUGGAUUGUACAUGUUCGUCGAACCAAAUCGUUCAAUAUUAUAUAUUAAACGAAUAGUAUGUAUUUUACGAUUCGGUCAAGUUGAGUUGGCCAUUUCUCGAAUUAUAAUCAUACGGAGCCACCUCUGUGUGGCCUCGAGAUCACUCGAUGCCCGUAAUUUUACCGUAUGAUCGAAUCGACUCUAAACCGAAAUUAUGUAAGCAGACACGUAAGACAUUUUCAAUUGUAUGUUCAGCGCAGACUGAGUGGCAUUGUGUGAUUACUACGUCAAAAAUAAACGAUUAUGUAAUAUGAGAAAUACGUAAUUGGUGUAUCUCAGAGCGUUUCCAAAAGCUGCGGUCGCGCUGUCAUUACAAGUUUUCAAAUUUUAACAUAGACAAGAAUUAGUUUUUAUUGACUUUAAAAUACAGAUUAAUUUGUAUUUUAAAGCUGUAUUGUGUUAAUGUAAAUUUUAUGAAUGAUUGCUUUUGGAAAUGAUUCCUUCCUUGACGGAUCGUAAUGACAGCGCGGCCGCAGCUGACGAAACGCUUUUAGAAAUACCCUACGUAAUAGGGAAUAAACUACGUAAAUACGAUUGACUUCAGUAAAAUAGCAUUAGUAGGUUUUUAUCAGAUGCUGCUGCAUAUUCUUUAACAGCUAAAUUCUAUUAUCAUAGGUUUGUCCCUAUUCGUGUUAUACCUAAGAAAGCCAAGUAAGCAUCUUACACAAAAAAGAUACUGUUAUAUUUAACAGUCCGUUAGGAAACAGAGUACGACAGAGAAUAUUUUCUCUCAGUAGUAAAUAAAUUAUUGACCUUGCUAAGCUUAUCAAUGUUAUUAGUGUCGUAAUGUCGUGCUUCCCGGGUCGGGCACUCGUGUUAUAUACGUUCGUGUACAUAGUAUGUAAGUGAAGUGAUUAUAUACUUGUCUAAGUUGAACUGACGUCAUAAUGCCAUUUUUAAUUUUGCUUUUGGGCAGAAUGGCCGGGGAGUAGAGUUGAAAAACAAAUUGAAAAGUGAGUUUCUUGUCAUUUUUUUUUCAACAGUUUAUUCCUGUAUUCAUUUCAACCUAUAUAAGCUAUUGCGCUGAAUGAAAAUCGCUCGAUUGAUACACAGCUUGCGUCGGACAAUUGGACUACGUCAAAUCUACGUACAAUUUCUUCGUUGUUCUGUUCUUUUCUUCGUUGAUCCCUUGACAGACAUGUGACGACGGAGAGCAACGUAGCAAUGGGGCCUGGAGCUCGAGCUCUCAUGCAAUCGAAGUUCAUUUCAUCAGUUUUCUCCCAUUUUUUCUAGCACAGUUUCUGCAUUUACAAGAAAUCACUGUCGAAAAGUUUGAGCGAACGUUUGGAUUGGUCAAACUUUUUCAUUUGUAAAUUUGCUAACAUUGGAGAACAUUGAUGAAGGGAACUUAUAUUGUCUGAGAAUCGGGGCUCUGGCUCUUACUGUCAAAUUUCGUGCCAAUUCACGUGGUGCUAACACAUUACGUGUAAAUUUUAUUCUGGGUAUUUCUCAGAGCGUUUCGAUCGCCGCGUCCGCGCUGUCAUUACAAUUUUUCGAGUUUUAACAAAGACUUAAUAUAGUUUUACUAUCUGAUUUUAAAAUAAUCUGUACUGUGGUAAUGUCAUUUCAAUGAAUGAUUGAUUUUGGAAAUGAUUCCCUUCCUCGAGAAAUUUGACGGAUCGUGAUGACAGCGCGGCCGCAGCGGUCGAAGCGCACAGAGAACCAUCCUUCUGUGUCUUGAAAACAUUUGUGCCUGUAUAUGUUGAAUUAGUUUAAUCAAAUUGUCUAAAUACGUAUGUAAAUGGACUGUUUCUUACAUCGAUAAGAUUGAAAAUCUAUAUAGAUGUAACUUGCGGGUCAGGUAAUGUAGUUGAUAUGUAGUACAAAUAUUUCGAGUUUUUACUCGUUAAAAUAAAUGUAUAGUGUAGAGGCAAAAUAUCUCCAUAUUUUUUAUAUAUAAUUUAUUUCUCGUAUAUAUAUUUAUUUGUAGAUAAAAAUCGCUUCAACGUAUGUUCCGUGAUAUUUUUAUUAUAUUGACAUGUAGUGUCUUUGAUUCUAUUUUGAAAUACCGUUACAAUAUUGUAAUUUAAAUAUUAUAUUUUUUUAAAUGAUGCCAAUUAGUAAUUUAAUGUGGUACAGAUGCGUGCUUUAUACAGAUUUUUGACAUGAUAGUUGGUUGAAACAGAUGUUAACGACGAAGAGUUCAUGGAAUCAACGCGUUUACAUCAGCAACCUGUAGCGUGCAUUGGUACGUAUAUGCGGGUACAUCCAGGUCUAGCCGGUCUUAGUUGGCUUCUCCUAGGUGUAGCCAGGUUAUGUUCGGCUAGAUCUAAACCCUAUCUUGGGCUGAGACGGUAAACAAACCUUGAACCUUAUAUAUUUCGUUGUUCCUUAAUUAUUUUGUUCUUAUUUUACUGUUAAAUUUAUAGUUGUUGUUGUUUUAUAGAGUCAUGUCACGCUUACUUAAAUAUUUAAAAAAAAGGCGAGAAAUAAACAAUUAUUUUUCUUUUUUUUUUUGUUUACCUUUUGUAUCAGUCCAUGCUGAAUAGACUAUAGGGUUUAGUCUUUUAUCAUUUCGGCUUACGUGCGGCCGGCUUUAGUUGCUCGUAAAACAAAUGAUUGAUAUUAUCGCAAUUGAAUAAAAUUGUAUGGAAUUUACUAGUGCAUGAAAUAGUUUUAAAUUUAAAUACAGGGAACUGCUGCGUACAUAAUACACAUAUUGAAGUUACCUAUAUUCAGUGCAAAAAUCUUAUUUAAGACAUCCAUUUAUUAUGAAAAAUAGUGUUGAAGUAGGUAUAAUAUAGUUGAAAUAUAUUAACAGUGUUAGGUACUAGCCAAAAUUAUUUUAGACUAUUAUCUACCUACUUUAGUUAGGUAUCUAUUUAUGUAAAUUGAUAUUUAUUGUUUUCCAAAUAAAGUAAAUAGAAUAUUAUAUUCAAUUUUGUGAACAAGUGAAAUAUAUCUACUUAUAUAGUUGGUUUAUAUAAUGUUGUUAUAAAAAUUGUUAACAUUAAUCGAUUUGAAAGAAAGUGAGAAAAUAUAAUUUAUAAAAAAAAAUAUGUCCUUGUCCUCUGUACAGUCGACCGCAUGUCAAGCUACCCGAAUUAAUUGCAAGCUCACCUUUAUUACCACCGCAUAGGGGGCCAUGGAAGGUAACUUGACAUGCGGUCGACUGUACUAGCUGAUUAGCAGGGUUCGGAUACCGUUAUAUUUUUCGAAACUUUUUCCACUGAGAUGCAAAAGAUGAAUUUCGUCAGUUUCGUUCGAUGUGAACGUUUUGGGGCACCAAUAAAAUGUUAACAAUUUUCGUUUAAUAAUAAGUUUUAAAACGUGUUGUUUUCACUUUCUGGAAAAAAUGUACUUCUACAUAAUUAUUUCUUUUUUAGCAUAAUUCACUUUGAACAACCUCACUGACCGUAACCGUAUAUGCGGAGAUUAAACCGGUUUUUGAAAAUGUCAUAGUUUUUCAGAGCUCAGAGCACAAUGAAAAAUAUUUUGUAAUCGUUAUUUCAAAUAACGUUUCUCAGUCAUGCUGUUUAAAAAAAUACAAAAAAAAAAACUUAUUUAAAUUUUUAAAUGUUCCAAGUUCAAGACAGAUUCAAGAUGUAUAUAUGUAAAAUAGUUACCAUGUCUUGGAAGAUGUGACGUAGUAGUUAGUGAAUUUUAAUUGUUUGUGUACAGUCACCUAUACUUCAAGUUACCCUUGACCACAUAGUGGUCAUAAUUAUUUGUAUAGGUUCUUGUGCCGUUGACUGUACAACACAUGGGUAUAUUUUUUGAAUAUUUAUUGAAAUUAUACGUUGUUGAUCUU